GUAAUGUCAGUAGAAGAUAUGGAUACAAUUCAGCAUUCGUCCAGUCAAAAUAAUACAAUUGAAAUUUCGGAACAAAAUUAUUUUAAAAAUAGCUUGCACCCUAUUCCAAUAUUAGAGAUCUUACAAUCUCAACGCAAAACUGGAACAUUUUGUGAUAUUAAGCUUAGAACAAGUGAUAAAUUAUUUAUUACUUUUGGUCAUAAAAAUACUCUAAUGGCAGCUGGUCCAUAUUUCCGAGAAAUUCUUAAUACAUUAGAUGAAGAUGUUACAAUAAACAUUGCAGAUCACGAUAUUUUAGAAAUAUUAGUAGACUAUAUUUAUACUGGUGAACUUACAUUGAAAAAAGUUAACGUAGAGGAUUUGUUAUCAGCAGCGAUCAUUUUAAAAUUAGAUUUUGUAUGUGCUGCAUGUGCCGGGGUUUUACACAAACACCUGAAUGUAUCAAAUUGUCUUGGAAUCAGAAGUGUUGCUAAGUUUAAUAACUUUACGGAUUUAUUAUCAAUAUCUGAAGAAUUCAUUAUAAAACAGUUUUCGUAAGAUAUAAUAAUUAACUACAUUUUCUAUAUUACUAGCUCUAAGUGUAA